AUGCGAAAUCUCAACGAUAUCUCGGCGCUUUGGUUCUUCGUCAUGUUGUACGGUGCAUCAGGUUUCUCCAACCGACUGAGGAUCAUGCUAGGCGACAAUAAUCAAUAUUUCGUACAAGGUGGCAUGUCUAAAAUCACGCAUACACUGUUGAAACGUAUUUUACAAGAACAAGGUGAAAUAAAGUACGUUGAGCCAGUUAGCAAGAUCAUGUUCAACGAUGCCCAAGCUUACGUGUUCACGGAAAAGGAAUAUUUCAGAUGCCAAUUAGCAGUUAUAGCAAUACCUCCAUCGAUGAUGGACAGUAUCACUAUCGAGCCAUCCACGUAUACGAAAUCCUUGUACGCGCCGGCUGAGAAUGUAUUUUUCAACGUAACGUACAAGAAACCGUUUUGGACCGAUGGUUCCAUAAAAGAUAUCAUAACCACGUGGGAUUUUGCCAAUAAUUUGAACUUCGUCCACGACACGUCACACGAGCACAGCAAUAAAGUUGUCCUGACUGGAUUUCUCGCCGAAUCUCAUUUCACUCAGACGCGAAAGAAAUGUCUGUUCGCUACGUUGGACGAUUGUUACAAGUCCACCAAUGCUUCCAAUUAUUUACGAUACAAAGAAUACGAUCCUUCUUUGAUAAACGAUCAAGUGACGUUCGGUUGUCCGAUGAGCACACUGAAACCCACCUCAUUCGAUGAUCACCUGCACAAAGAGGAAUCUUACGACAGGAUCUUAUUUACCUCGAGCGAAUACGCUAAGAAUUGGCCCGGCACGGUAGACGGCGCGAUCCAGGCGGGUGAAAGGACAGCUUUCGAGGUUUUGUUGCGAAUUAGACCGCAAGUACUUUCUUUCCGCGAUAUGACUACUCUAGGGUAA